AGUUUAAAGCGAAAGAGAAAGCCACCUCACCAGCCAAUGGAAGAGGUGCAGGUGGAGGCCAGGAAAACCUCCACCGCAAAGCAGCCACCUGCUGUCGUCCACCGCCCUCCAGCAUCCGGCAGUGGGAUGCCAGCUGUCUCCCACACCAUGCCUAAGGCUGGGGCUGGCUCCCUCUUCAACAGCCUGCAGCGGCGGGAGCAGGCAAGGGCAGAGCAGGCCCAGCUGCUGACGCUCCAGGGCAUCAUGGGCGAAAGCUCCCUGCGGCCCACACCCGAGGAGCACCAUGGCCCCAGCAACACGUGGCCUCAGAAGUGUGGUCGGAGAAAGGGGGGGCUGGGGGCAGCUGCUGCCGGACCCCAGCUUGGAGAGCUGCUGCUCUAUGUCAGGAACCCACUGGUGCAGGACAUUGAUGCCGAAUGCGGGGCAGCCCCCCAGGACCCCUGCCUCUCUGACCCAAAAACCACAUGUCCCCGCCUUUCCCUGGGCUCAGUUCUCAGCCUGGAGCUGCCCCGGGAUGCAAUGGUCCUGGGGUGCCACCGAAGGGCUACAGCAUGGCAGCAGAAGGCAGAGGGGCAAGAGCACAGGCAGAGUGGGGGGAUGAGGCCAAGGGAGCCCACAGGCACACAUGGGGUUGGAUGGCAGGAGGAGGUAGAUAUGGAUGGGUGCAGUCCCCAGGGACCCAGCAAGAGUCUGGGGACAACCCCCAAGAGUGAGCGAGGAACGUGGUUUGAGGAGGUGAGCUUCAACCCCAGCUACAGCCAGCACAGGGCAUACCGUGCUGGGGAGGAGCACCAGAUCCUGCAGCACUCCAGCAGCAUUGGUAAAGACCUCCCGGACUUGAGGCCAAGCCAGCCAUCCCACGUCAGCAUGCAGCAUGAGUGGGUCAGUCGAGAAGGGGAUGAGCUGGCCACCCAGCUUGGCCAGGAUGGCAGCCCCAGUGCCACUGGCAGGGCCAGGCAUCGCAAAGCCACUCGGCUGGAGCUUGGAUCAUCCCCUGUGAGAAGCCCAGGCAGGGCAGGAGCCAUCCCUGGCCCUGCCUCCACACCACGGCCAGCCAGCAGCAGCCAGCCCAGAAGGUCCUCGGCUUCCCCCACUGCCCCUACCCAGCUCUCUGUCUUUGAGUGGGCGCUGGCCUCUCCACAGCCUCACAGCCCUGUGCUGGGCACUGAGGAAGUUUGCCAUCCUGCCCAUGGCCAGUUUGAGGAAGAGGAGGAGGAGCUGCAGGCCAUCUGGGAUGGGGCAGAUGAGCAACGGACACAGAGCCCACCAGGAGGCAGCUGUGCCAGCCAGCGGACAGCAGGGAGCAGGACAGGCAGCUUGCCCAGCCCCAACACCACUGUUGGUGGGCCCCUCAUCCUCUCAUCAGCCAACAACGUGCUAGUGGCCCAGUUCACCCUUCCCACCACUGCCCGGCUGCUCCACAGCCCGUCAGGAGAGAAGAGCCCCAAAGUGGUGCACAGUGGCAGUGGCAGUCCCAGUGGGCUCAAGGUUUCCCCCCACUUGGAGGAGCUGGUGUCUGCAGUCCCCUUGGAUGGCUCCAGUGCCUGGGAUCGGCGGAAGCAUGGGCAAGAAGAAAGAGAGAGCAGCAAUGUUCUUCCGGGUAAAAUGGAGUUUCAGAUGAUGGAGGGGACACUGGAAAGGAAGCACGUAUUGCAGACAGGAGGGAGAAAGGCCAGCUGCCGAGCCUGGGGCCUCUUCCAUGCUGUGCUGAUGAGGCAGACACUGUGCUUCUACCAGGACCGCAGGGACAGCCUCAAGAGCUCCGUGGUGGCCCUUCCCCUGAACCUCUCUGGAGCAAUCUGCACCCCAGAUGCUGAGUACACCAAGAAGACCAACUGCUUCAGGCUUCAGCUGCAGGAUGGCUCUGAGUACCUCCUGAGGGCCCCCUCCCAGCCCCUCAUGAACGAAUGGGUCUCAAAGCUGCAGCAAAACUCAGGUUUCCCUGAAGUGGAUUACUUCCAGGCGGUGGCACAGUGUGUCGAGGGCACUGGUGGUACUGGGGGUUUCAGCAAGGUCCCCAGCCCUGGGAGCUCCCACCUCCAGGGACAUAAUCAGGUCAUGACCACCAGGAGCCAGGAGAUCGUGAUGUUACCCUGCUCAAACACCCGGCUGCAGAGGUCUCUGGGCAGCCAGGAUGGCCCAGCCAAGGGGACUGUGGCAGCAGCAGAGGAUGCUCAGGGGGCUGGGCACAAGGAGCAGCAGUGGUCACCCAGGGGGUCACCCAGGCUGUGGGACAACAUCUGCCAAGAAGAUGACUAUGGGCUGGUGACCAACAAGAGGAGGUCCUAUUCCUUCACCUCAGCGACCUACCAGAAGAUCACCCCAGUGGUCAUGCCCAAGGAGCCAGUGGAGGCCGGGAGCAGCUACUCAGUCACCCUGUACAUAGGGGAGCAAGUGCCAACCAUGCCCCGGGCACGCUGUCAUUCCUUUGUGGCCCAAACAGGGAGCCCCCGGGACACGCUAGGGGAGAAGACCACCAGCCCCCUUCGCCCCAAGAACAAAUCUGUUUUCAAGAAGUUCUUUGGGAAGAAAGAGUGAGCCCCAGCCACAGGGAAAAAGGUCCUAGCCUGCCUUUUAUCCUUCUCUGGGUACCAUCCUGGCAUGGUCUCUGCUCCCAGCACCAGUUCACAGCUCACUGCCUCCCCACAGGAGAGAGGCUGUGUCAAGCAGCUCCACUUCAGCCAGCCCCAGGGCUGCACUGUGCCCCAGCCACCACAACCCCUGGCCUCAGCCUGGCGCUGAGCACCUCUCCUGCCCAGUGCUCUCUCUGAGUGCCACUGGCUCCCCAGGCAUCCUGACGACACACAGCACAAG